GCGCUGCGCAAAUUGCGAAAUGGAGGUUACGUCGUUUCCGAAAAUGUCAAAUCAAGUGUCAAUUUGACACAUGUUUUUUUUCAUAUAACACAAUGUAUUUUUAUAUUUAUUUAAUAAACAGGUGCUUCUAAUUAUACAAGAAUGGCUCUUGAUUUUAAUAAUAUAACUGAUAGUCCAUUUACAUAUACUCCAUCGCCUCAAGAAUGUAUACCAAGUCCUAGACGAAAUAAUACAAUUAUAACCGAUGUUUACAAUGGAAUUCCCGAGAAUUUAUUGUUAAAUUUCAUUGGCUUUGUGUUUCUAGUUUCACUAUUUGGCCUUUUACGUAAGAAGGCAUGGAAUUAUGGAAGACUUGCUCUUUUGCACAAAACUGAAAAUAGAUGGAUGGAAUUAUUUUAUGGUGAUAAUGACAGAGAAAAUGAUGUGACUUGCAUUGAGACUUCCGUCAAUACACAAUUAUCGCAUGUAGAUCGUGGAUUUUUAUCAUGGAUCGUAACAGCCUUCAAAGUCACAGACGAGGAAUUUUUAAAGAGGGCUGGACCAGAUGGAUUAUUGUAUAUCUCAUUUGAGAGAUAUUUAAUUCUAUUAACAGCAAUGAUGAUGUUGGUAUCAAUAUGCAUAGCAUUACCAAUUAAUUAUCAUGGGAAUCCAGUUGGUGAUACGGCGUCAUUUAGUCGUACAACAUUAUUAAAUCUUGCACCCGAUUCAUCGCUUAUGUGGAUUUAUACAGUCUUGUUACUCUCUUAUCUUCCCGUUGGUGGAUUUGUCAUGCGGAAAUUUAUGAAACAGGUGAGAGAUGCAAAACCCGCCGGCGAAUUGGCAGCGAGAACUUUAUUAAUUACAGAAAUUCCAAAACAUCAAUGCGACACUGAAAAUCUCAAACAAUAUUUCAGAGAAGCUUUUCCAACAUUCUCCGUGGAAGAUGUGACACUUGCCUAUGAUAUUAAACGAUUAUCGAUAUUAGAUGCUGAACGUGAUUGUGUUGAACAAGCACGUUUAUAUUGUGAAAGUUAUGCAAAACGAAAAGAACCAUUGACAAUGUAUCCUUAUCCUUGUGGACAAAUUGUCGGAUGUUGUUGUAAAAAUAAAUUAGUUGAUGCUCAAGAUUUUUACACGAAAGAAGAAAUUCGUUUAACGGCAUUGGUCGAGGAAGAAAAAAGUGUCGCUCUCAGUAAACGAUUGGGAAUUGCUUUUGUCACGUUGGGAACUCCUGGUGAUGCAAAAACAAUGAGACGACAAUUACGUUCAUCGCCAGCAAUAAAAUGGAUUGUUAAUUAUGCGCCAGCUCCUUCUGAUAUUUUUUGGGAAAAUUUAAGUAUCACAAGGCCUUGUUGGUAUUUAAAUGCAUUUUUAAUUAACAUUGCUUUAGGAUUAUUACUCUUUUUCAUAACAACGCCCGUGGUCGUAUUGACGGCAAUAAGUAAACCACAAAUAAUGGGUGAAAUAAAAAAUUUGAGCGUUGUUAUAUCGACAUUUUUGCCGACAGUAGUUCUUGUAAGUGUCGCGGCAUUAAUGCCCGCUUUAGUUGGAAGAUGUGAGUCAUUUGUGAGACAUUGGACAAGAAGUACUUUAAAUCGUUCAGUAAUGAAAAAAACAUUAUUACUUAUGUUAUUGGCAUUUCUUAUAUUGCCAAGUCUCGGUCUCACAAGUUUGGAAGCUGCCUUUGAGUGGGUUCACAAUGGAAAUGAUACAAUGCGAUGGCAAUGUAUAUUUUUGCCCGAUCAGGGGGCUUUUUUCGUGAAUUAUGUGAUAACAUCGGCUUUAGUUGGUUGUGCAUUGGAACUUGUGAGAUUUCCCGAACUUGCACUUUAUACAUUUAGAUUAUGUAUGGCGAGAAGUCGUGCCGAAAGGAUUUAUGUGAGAAAAGCUGUUCUUUGGGAAUUUCCAUUGGGCGCACAUUAUGCAUGGUUACUUCUUGUUUUCACUAUGACAACAUUUUAUAGUCUCGCUUGUCCUCUCAUCACGCCUUUUGGUCUACUCUAUUUGCUCAUUAAGCAUUUGGUAGACAGACACAAUUUGUGUUUUGCUUAUGGGCCGAGCGUCGGCGGUGGACAAUUGGCCGGCGCCGCGGCAAACGCGGCUGGUGCCGCACCAGUUUUAGCACAAGCUGCCUUUUUGGCUUUAGGAAUAGUUCGAAGGGGUUUAUCGCCAAUGGCCGCUGUUCAACUUAGUGGACUUGCCGCUAGUAUUUUGGGCCUUGUCACUGGUGCCACUUUGCCUUCUUCUAGACCCAAGACAUUUGCACCGAAAAGAGAUUUGGCAGCAGGUCAAAGAUUUGUCCCGCCAGUUCUAAGAAAACGAUUUACUCCACAAAAUCAGGACGAAACAAUUUCAAUUACUUCAAAUCCAGUUGAAAGUCCAAUAUCAAAUAGUAAUUCAACAGCGAGUUCAUCGCUUCAGGAUAGUCCAAAACUUUAUCAAAAUUACAACACUGAACGUAAAGUUUAGGAAAGAAGAAAAAAAAAGUAAUUAUUAUUUGUGUAAAUUAUUAUUAAUUUUAUUCACAAAUUUUUUUUUUAUAAUUAACAAUUCGUGUAAAUUAUUAAUUUUAUUCAAGUCUUUUAUUAAUAAUUCGUGAAAAUUAUUAAUUUUAUUCAAGUUUUUUUUUAACAAUUCGUAUAAAUUAUUAAUUUUAUUCAGUUUUUUAUUAAUUUUAUUCAAAUAUUUUUUUAUUAACAAUUCAUGGAAAUUAUAUUAAUACAAAUCAAAAAAAUUAUUUGAUUAUUUUUAACAAUCGAGGGGGCGAAAACGAUUAUUAUUUAUUGAAAAUCCGAAAUAAAUUUCCACAACUCGUGAGCACUUUACCAAAAAAAAAACUAGAAAAAAAGAAAAAAAAACAUUUGCUUCAGUAAAAAAAAAGGAAUUUUUUUAAAUCUGUUAAGAAUAAAUUUUAUUGCAUUUUUUUUUACAAAAAAAAAUCCUAGAAUUCAUUGCCAUUGUUUCAUAUUAUUAUUUUUUUCAUUUUUCUUUAUUUUAAUUGUAUCUCGAAAUUGUGAAAACAAAUGUAAAUUUAUUAACUGGAAAUUUUGGAAAAUUGUUUUUUUUUCAACUUGUUUUCUUUUCUGUAAAUAAUUGAAUCUCAAUGUAUAUGUAUUGUUUUUAAUAUAUAACUGUGUUUUAAUAUAUAAUAAAAACCAUUUUUUUUUAAGUCAUAUUUAGAAAGAAAAAAAAUUUUUUUUUGAAAAAACGAGGCAUAAUGUUAUUGAAAAGAUUUUUUACAUAUAAAUAUAGCGAAUCAUUUAUAAAAAAUGAAAUGUUUCAUUUUCGAAACGAAUUUUUUUGUUAUUUUUAAUUCUAAUUAUUAUGUAAUAAUUAAUUAUAAGUGUGAUUUAUCUGCCUUCAAGUUUCAUAAAAAAAAAAAUAAUUUUGAUGGCAGAAACAAAUAUUAAUUCAAAGACAACUAAAAAUAUUUCAAUUAAUUUAUUAUUAUUAAACAAUUAACUUUCAAUAAUUGAAAAAAAAAUUUUCAUUUCUAACUUUUCGUGCAAAAUGUUCUUAAAUUUUAUAAAUUUUUUAAAAAGUUCUAAUUUAAAAAAAAAUAAGAAAUAAAUAUAAAACUAACAAACAAUUUUUUUGGAGAAAAGUUUAAAUUAAAAAAGAAAAACAAGAAAGUUACAAAUUAAAAAUUUUUUAAAUUAACGAAAAAUUGUUUUUUUUUUUGAAAAACUUUGAAUUAAUAUUUUUAUAGGUAAAAUAAAUAAAAAAUAAAAAAAAUAGAUAUAAAUUUUUAGACAGGAUUUAUUACAUAUUUAAUUUUUUUCCUCUUGUAAAAAUCCCCAAAAAAAUUGUAUGAUAAAUUUUUUUUAUUUGGAUUUUGUAUUUCUAGUGAAAAUUUUUUCGCAAAAUAAAUCUUGUUACAAUCGU